AUCUGACAAUGACAUCAGCCUUCUCCAGCCAGGUGCCUUCCAGGGAUUGAGCAAUCUGGAACGUUUGGACCUGUCUGAUAACAAGAUAGGAAGCCUGAACGCCAGCAUGUUCACAGGGAUGCCCAAAUUGGAGAAGCUAUACCUGACCAAGAACCGCAUCAACACAAUCCCAGAAGGAACCUUUAACUCACUUCCUGCCUUGAAAAGAUUAGACUUUCAGUCGGAGUACCUACGCUGUGACUGUCACUUGCAGUGGAUGGUACAGUGGAGUAAGGACAGGGAAGUCCGCAUUCGAUCAUCUACCAUUUGUGCCAUUCCUAGAGAAGUCAGCGGGAAAUCGCUGAAAACACUCAAGAAGAAGGAUCUCCAUUGUGAACAUGAACUACAGUUACCACUGUUUGAGGUGUCACCAGCCACCAGUCAAGUAGUUUUCGAAGGGGACAAGUUACCGUUCGAGUGCCUAGCCUCUGUCAUUGACCCUGCCACCAAAAUGUCCUGGCUGCGUGGUGGGCGGGAGGUGCACACCAAUCGGACGCUGGGGAUCUUCGUUCACACGGCGAAGUCACCAGACAGGACCAUCAUGACCCACAGCCUCGCACUUGAAAGCCUGGAGAAACAACACAAUGGUAUCUGGCAGUGUCGUGUCUCCACCCCCCAGGGCGAUGUCAGUAAGUCGGUCACCAUCACCGUCAUCUCGGACACAGCAACGUCCUGUCCUGAAGUGACCGUCAGGACCAACAAGGGCGUCUAUGUCUGGGAGCGAACAGUGGCUGGCAUCCAGAAACAGCAGCCGUGUAAGAUGGGUGAGAAGAGAGCACCUGCAACUUACUACUGCAACAACCUGGGGCGCUGGGAGAACUUGAACGUGAAACAGUGUAGCUACAUCAGCGAGACAACCCGUAAACUACAGGCCUGUGCCGAGUUGGAAUUGGAUGAUGAUGCAUCUGUGUACCAGUUAGCUCAGGACUUUCUCCCAAACUCUGGGCUCCUCAAGGACUCUGUGGAUAUCAUGUUUGCAUCAGACUGCAUUGCCAGGAUCACCCCUUUCAUCAGUGAAGAACCAAAGCUUUCAGAUACUGUCCUUAAUGCCAUCAGCUCCAUUAUGAAGAUAGAGAAGACAUUGCUUGGGAAGGCACAGCAGGAUGGACAAGCUUGCACACGACUGGUGGGCAUUGUAGAGAGGGUGGCAGAACAACUCCUGGCUACAUCUUCCCAGCAUGCUCUAGCGGAGAACAUCGCCAUCGAAGCCAGGAAGAUGUCUGUAACACCGUUUCCAGGAAUUGCAUGUACGACAGGAUUGAGGCGGGAUGGAACUAAUUUGCCUCAAACGCGCGGGCUUGAAGAGUUGACCUGUUUCGAGUCUAUGAAUGAGACACUGUUUGCCCGUGCUGCUACAGAGGUGGUACAGGCUGCCAUCCUGCUGCCCCGUACCCUGUUCCAGAAGGUGCCUGUGUUAGAGGGUGUUAGCAUGGAAGAGAUUGGGGUUACUAUACUAGUUUACCAGGAUGCUGCCCUAUUCCCCAUCACUGCCUCCAGCCAUGAAGAUCCCCUCCUCAGGGGACAUAACUGGAGAUCUGUCUCACCAGUAGUGGCUGCAAGCAUAGGUCAGUCUGUGGCCAAUCUAACAGACCCUGUGAUUGGUCUGCUCCAGGUGUCUGACACCUCCAGACAACUUGUGGCAGCUUACUGGGAUUUCGCAGCUAAUGGUGGCCAUGGAGACUGGAGGACAGAUGGAUGUAAGAUCACAGAACAACACGACAAUGUGUCUGUCUUCCACUGCUACCAUCUCACCAACUUUGUUAUACUUCAGAAUCUGUCCUCUAGACUAGCUGGUGUUUUCUUCAUGAUGGAGCCCGUGAUUUACGCUGGCAGUUGCCUACUGGCCAUCUGCCUCAUGGCCGUCAUCGUCACCUAUGUUACCUGCUUCAAAUUUAUACGUAUUCCCAAGAAAGCUAAACACUCUGUGAUUAACAUCUCCAUCAGCAUUUUACUGCUUUGUAUCGGGUUUACGAUGGGUGUGAAUCGUACGGACCAGGAGAGAGCGUGUCAGGUGGUGGGGAUUGCCAUCCAUUACUUCACACUUUGCACCAUCUUCUGGAUCACAAUAGCAUCCAGUAAUAUGCUGAAGAAGUUCACAAAGGCUGAGGAGCCCCCAGCACCACCGCCUGAGCCCAUCCCCAUGCCCCUGCCCCCCAAACCCAUCCUUCGCUUCUACCUUCUGGGCUGGGGUGUGCCCAUCAUCAUCUGUGGCAUCACCGCUGCUGUCAAUCUCAACCAUUACAGUGAGAGUGAAUAUUGUUUCCUAUCUUGGGACCCAAGCCUGGGAGCAUUUUACGGCCCAGUUGCAUUGUUGGUUGUCAUUAACCUGGUGUUCUUCAUGAGGAUUUCCUACGUGAUUCGAGGAGCACCUAACAACCUGAACUACUCUGAUGAAAUGGAGGAGCUUCAUACAAAUGAGAUAGAACUCACGCCCAAUCAGGAGUUCACAAAUAUAGAGACUGCCUCAUUGACGCAGACAAAUGCCACAUCCAUGUCAAGUAUCCUUGACACAGAACACCGGCCGAUCAGCCAGUUACGCGCGCUGGUGGCCACACUGUUUUUGUAUAUCGUGGUGUGGGUGUGUGGGGCGUUUGCCGUGGCGCGACCCUUCAGGACUAUUAUUCCACGGCAAGAGAUUAUAUUCAGUUAUUUAUAUGGCUUUACUAGUGUUGUGCUAGGAGGCUUCAUGCUGGGCUAUUACUGCCUGAUGCGACAAGACUCGCGCUCCAGUUGGAAGCGUUUUUUCUCCUGUGAGCAGCAGGCUGUGUACCAGUGUGAUUCUGAACUGCCCAGUCGCAUGAAUCACACCAAUGGUCAUGUGAUGCGCUGCCCGAGCAGCGUGGAAUCGUCUUCAUUGACGGGAAAGGUUGUUAAUAUUCAUAAGGAACAAAAGCAGCACCAAAUGAAGAACGGUGCGAAAAAGCAGUCGAACAUUAACUUGGUGCCGUCGGCAACAGCUUCACUCACAGAGGUGUCGUUUGGUAGUAUUGGGCAGGACCAGAGCUUCCCCAGCUUCUACAACCCACGUCAAAACGGGGUGGCCAAGAAGUUCUGGGAGAAACGACACAACCAGACCAAAAAAAUUAACAAAGACUUAGGCAAGGAGAUAAACACUUGCAGUGGUAGCUAUAACAGCAACCUGGACAAUUUACUGAACGAAAGCGCUUCAAAGCGCCAGAGCCAAUGUACAAGCAGCGAGGCAAAUACGCACUUUAGUAUUGAGAUUCAAAUUCAAGCUAAUCCUCGGCACUCUGGCGGUAAUGGCCGUCAGCCAACUAGUCAGGACGAGAUGCCGCCUUCGUAUGACAGCAUCCGGCGCAACAAGCAGCUGCCAAUGAACAUUCAGGCCACGCAUCAGUCUGCCUUCCACGCGGUGGUGCCUUACGACCGCAGUGACCUGUCUCCUAUAGGGGGCCCCGCAUCAGAGGUGCUGGCAGGAAGUGUAUGUAGCAGUAGUCAUUACCCCAUGUCCCAGCCAGACUCCUCCAUACCGUACUGCCAGGAACCAUCGUGCAUGAACACACUGGGCAUCAGGGGACAGAAUUCUUGUGGCUGUGAUAACUAUAGAAUGCCACGCAUGUCGCCUAAUCGGUCGAUGGCGUCUAGCCCAGCAUCGGAAAUGUUACAGAGGAAUGUUUCAAUACCUCGUCCGCGAGACUUUGACGGCCAGAGCCAGGUAAGUCAAGAGACUCAAGGCUCUAGUCUUCAUGGCAUUCAGAGACUUAACCCACAGCAGCUCCCCCUGGUGGAGGGUCCGCACAAACAUCCACCCGUCUUAGACAAGGACUGUUGUACAGAAUGCCUCAACAAUGUCAGUGAUAACACGAGGAAAAACUCCCGCCGAAUGUCAGACAGCAGUAAGCACUACAGGACCUCAUCUGACUGUUACAGCUCCGACAGCAACGUGCGGCGCCGCCGACAGAAAAACUUUCUACAGGAGAUAGAGCGGCGUAUCCCUGCCGGUCAUCCUGCCGAAUCACCCUCUCGCUCAGAUAUUACCCAGACAAACUUGUCCAACAACAGCCGCAGCGUGCAUCAUGAUUCAGACAGUCAGCUGCACAACUACCGCUCACGGUCACAUGACUUUUCUGACCACAAUUCAGAACCAUCUCACAGAAAGCGGCACCACUCGCACGGCACAAGGCGCAAUCGCAACCGCCGCCACUCCAAACAGUCUUACGGGUCAGGCAUGCACACGUCCUCAGAGUGGGACGAACAGUUCAGGGACAGACCACGUAAAAUACCCUACGCUUAUGUCAAUCACAAAUACAGGGAUAGGCUGCGGCAGAAGCGGCAGCAGGAUAGCGGGAAGGUCGGCAUGGAGCCGGGAGAAAAGGUGUACUGGUUCCCGCGCUCCACUAGUGCUUACGAUGAGAUCCUACCUGGUGGCAUGGAAGCCAUGGCGGAGGACACUAGCUCCAGCUCUGAUGACAGUAUUGACGAAGACAUUUGGGUGCUACAAAAAGAGCGGAGAAACCGAAUGAAAAAGGAAACCAGUGUUUAACAUCAACAUGUGAGGAUUGAUUGUGAUGUGUAUGAUUUUGAACUUCAGUGUCUGGUUGCCAUUCAGUGUCUGGUUGCCAUUCAGUGUCUGGUUGUCUGGUACAGGACCUUGCAGAAUAUACCUCGUCUCUCAUUCUUCCUGGAACCUGCGCUACUACAUGUAUGAUCAGAAAUGCCAGUCACCAUUAUUGCUCUUCCAACCAACCAAUCAAAACAAUCUUGUUACUUUAAUCCAUAACUACACAGGGUGAGAAAAAAAAGAAAAUUGGUAAGCUGUUUUAAUACCAGGAAGUUGUUUUUAGGUGGUAUAAUAAAGGGUAGUUGAUGAAGGCUUCUUCAUAACUAUGCAAAUCAUUUUGACAUUCAACCAGUCAAGUUACAUGUUCUCUCUUUUCAUUAUUCAUAAAAUUUGUGUUUUAGGUAAAGCGUGGCAUUGUUUCUGGAAACUGCUUAUUUCUUAUUCAUUAAGUCUGUUGUUUUGGGAGCAUACUGUAGAUGCCAGCAGCAACAUAAGGUACAUAAUAACAUACACAGUUCUAAUUAAUGUGUUUCCGUCAAUGCUGAUUUUAUAACUGAGUUUUAUGACUGAGAAAGCUUCGAGUGUUAUUCAAUUAUCAGAACAAGAAACAUAAUUUAAUUUUUAAGUUAAACUUUGUCGGAAAAUUACGAAUGCAGAUAGAUUUUUAUGUGGUUCAGUACUUACUAUCGCUUUCUUUGAAAGAUGUUCUCUAUUACAAGAUUAUAAUGUUUCAGAAAGUGGAAAAUUCUUAUGUUUUAUUUCUGGGGAAGGGCAGCAAGAGGAGCUACUUAAACAGUCCAGUUAUAGUUACAACAUACAUGUGCUUUUUCAUUAAUUAUGUUGCUAAAACAGAAAUAUGCAACGGUGGGAACAUUUGAAUGACAUCUAUUUUGCAAGUCACUUAUUAUGUUGAUACUUUUGUAUACUAUUUAAACAAAGAGACAAAUAACCCUAAUAUUAAUGGGUUGUCCAUAUCAUAUGCGUGCUUAAUAUGGCAGCCAAGUUAUGUUGGUUUUCAGUUGUUUAUUUUUUAUGUGUGUACUAUACUGGUCAUCAAGUUAAGCAUUGUUGGUAAUUUGUUUUCAAUCCAUGUUUAUGAUAUUUGUAUGUAUUACUGUGCUUAGCAAAGCAAAUCGUAGAGAUCCAUUGCGUAUAAAGGACACAACAGAGUCCACCAAGAGUUAUUUAUGAGCUUUGCCAGUGGCAUAGCAACAGUUCCCAUGGAUACAUGGCCACAUGAUUGAUACGGACAAAUGUGAUUGGAUGUUGUGGUUGGUUUUCUGUAGGGAAGGUUUUAGACAUCCAGUUGUUGGAGAUGUGUAAGACUUACGCACAGCUCAGUAAUUGAGAUGUAUGUGUAAUAAAGUUGAACUUGAAAUCAAGGUCGUUCUACUGAGAAUUGUUUUAUUCCUAUUCCAGUUCUACUCCCUGAAGACACAUUACAGUAAAAUGAGGUUCAGCAAAAGCCUUAGUCUAGUAUUACAUGUAUAUUAGCCUGGCGGGUUUCCUGGUGCGGGCUUUGUCAAGGUUUCCUGGGACAAAUCCAGCCUGCUGUUAUCUGGCAUAAAACUUGUUUAAGGAUGUCCCGUGAGCCAUUAUAUCAGAUGAGGAUUCAUUUCACCAUGGAUUUAAUUAUAGAGCAAUAGAUCAUCAUACUGAUACUCCUGGGUUACGGUAAAUGUCCCAGGAAGACAGUGAAAUGUUUGAUCUGUGCCCCGCUAUAAAACUGGAGUGGAUCACAUGGCUGUUGGGAAGACAUAGGAGGCACUGAGAUAAUACCACACUGGUUGGUUCAGAUUGCCUUAAUGGAGAAAUUCAGAACACGCAGAGGGAAAAGAUGAUGGUUUCACGAUCGAUACCGCAAGCUCAAUACACUAUGCUGAAAAUUUCAGAAUUUUAGUUAAUCCUCAAUAUGAGACACUAAGACGACUGAUCAGUUUGGUGUCCAUACAUGCGAGGUGUUUUCAGACAUGACAGGACUACAUGUAGAUGUUUAUGCUGAAGUUUU